ACCUCUUCCAAGCAGCCAAUUGUAGUAGCUCUUACUGAAUCACGUCUUUUACCGCUAAAACCAAAACUCGCUCCAGCUUUGUACCGUCCAAACGAUUAUAUUUUGGGGUUUUACGAAUAGAAAGGUUUGGCAUCUGUGGGGGGCUGAGAAUGGGAAUCUCUGGACUGUUGCAGUUCAUCAAAGAUGCAGCAGAGCCCAUCAACGUUAAGAAGUAUAAGGGCCAGACUGUGGCUGUGGACACUUACUGCUGGCUACAUAAAGGAGCGUUCUCCUGCGCUGAGAAACUAGCUAAAGGGGAACCAACUGACCAGUAUGUGUGGUACUGCAUGAAGUUUGUGGAUAUGUUGCUAAAUUUCUCCGUUAAACCCAUUCUGGUGUUUGAUGGACGCAAUCUGCCGUCUAAACAAGAAGUGGAGAAGACUCGCAGAGAGCGCAGGGAAGCCAACCUUCAAAAAGGCCGACAGCUGCUGCGUGAAGGCAAACUGUCAGAGGCCAGAGACUGUUUUGGACGCUGUGUUAAUAUCACCCCUGCUAUGGCUCAUAAGCUUAUUAAGCAGGCUGCAAGGGAGAGAGGGGUGGACUGUAUCGUGGCUCCCUAUGAAGCAGAUGCUCAGCUAGCUUAUCUCACCAAAUCUGGGUUUGCUCAAGCUGUCAUCACCGAGGACUCUGACCUGUUGGCAUUUGGCUGCAGAACGGUAAUUCUCAAAAUGGACAAGCACGGCAACGGAAUGGAAAUAGAUCAGAACAACUUGGGCCGCUGUCGCUCCCUGGGGAAUGUUUUCACAGAGGAGAAGUUCCGGUAUAUGUGCAUCCUUGCUGGUUGUGAUUAUUUACCCUCCCUGCAUGGGAUUGGCCUGGGAAAGGCCUGCAAGCUGCUGCGGCUUGCCAAAAACCCCGACAUUCUUAAGGUGAUCAGAAAGAUGGGCCAGUUCCUGAAAAUGAAUUUAGUCGUUCCUGACCAGUACAUUGAGGGAUUCAUCAGAGCCAAUAACACCUUCCUUUACCAGCUGGUGUUCGAUCCUGAGAUGAGGAAGGUUGUGCCCCUUAAUCCCUACCCAGAGCACAUAGAUCCAGCUUCUCUGAGCUAUGCUGGAAUAAAUCUAGGAGAUGACAAAGGCUUGGACAUGGCCUUGGGAAACCUUGACAUCAACACCUUGGAGAGGAUUGAUGACUUCAGUCCAGACAAUCCCCAUUCCCAGUCGUGCAAAACUCGCAGCAACAGCUGGAACAACUCCCCAGCUUCGGCAGGAAUCAGCAUCUGGAGCAAGAGCUUCACGUCAGCCUCUGCUGGUCCUACCAGUCCUGUUGCUCACCCAGAUAAAUCGCCCUCCACCAGGGGGAAGGAGAGAGUCAUCGGCCUCCAUAACCUGAGGCUUCAAUACAGAGAGCAGUCAGUGAAGAGGCUGAGGGAAGAUUCUUGUACAUCUGAUCAAGAGAUACUGCAGCAGUACUCGGCUUCAGGGCCGAAACGAUCCAAGUUAGAGCUGCAACCAGACAAGCAGGUGUUGAGCAGCCAGCCUCGGCUACGCAACUGCUUCGCCUCUACCACACUGCUGCAGCGGAGAAACCACGAGUCAGAGGAGAACACGAAUCAGGCCACCCACAGCAGAUUCUUCAGUAGCUCUAGUUCAGCAACCGCUGUGAACACCAAGGAGUCCACUGGGGGAUCGGAGCAGACAGCUAAGGAUCCUUCUCAGGACAAUUCCCUCAGUGAAAGUGAUGGUCCUGAUGUCCCACCUGUAGAAACCCCCAGUCCUCCUGUGUCCCCUGAUGGUACAUCCCCUCCUUCCGCCAGCAAGGGUCUCAAGUUGUUCCAGUGGUCAGGCAGCUCCUCCUCCACUGAUCUUUCCAGAGCAGCAAAGUCCCCCUCAGGUGUGGUCGCCCUGCUGCAGUUUAAGUAUAAGAGAGCGAGUUCCUCAUCUCUUCAGACAACUUGCCAACUUUCUAGAGACUCAUUUUCCCCUGAGAUAACAGCAGAACAUGGGGACUACCCCCCAGACUCUCCUCCCUCCCAGGACAGUGCUUACUUUUCCCAGUCCCAGUCCACUUCUAUCAAUGAAGAGGAAGUCCUUCCAUACAUAUGCUCCUUCUCCUCCCAGAAGAAGACUCCAUCUGAGAGGAAUUCAAGUGCUGAUCUAGAACCAGAGCCAGAAGGCCCUGCUUCCCUCACUGAAACCUGUCGAAAAUCAGGCAUGCUGGGAUCAAAGGUUUCUGGACUGUCGAAGCAGAAAUCCAGCAUACGAAAUCAGGCAGCGAAUACACCCACGUUAGGCCCAGCCAGAGUGAGUGGCCUAAGGAAGAAGGCUGUGGGUCCUGGGAAGAAAUGUUCUUCAGCCUCUAACGAGAACAACCCUGGGGUCCAGGCCACUAUAAGCAGUCUCUGGAAGAACUUUAGCUAUAAAAAGGAAACUGUGAAGAUCACCUCCUGUGUAAAAGGAGAGCCCAUGUCUCCGGUGAAAGACAACUUGCUGAUUCCUGAAUCAACCUGAAUUUAGAGGUUGGAGGGCAGAGCUUUUAAAACAUACUAUGUAUGUUGUGAAUAAUUUCUCAUCAACUUGUAUAUUUUUACUGUAGAGUUUUAAAUAAAAACAUCUUCUACAUCCAAUCAUA